AUGGCUUCGGCAAGCACCAGUACACGUGUUAAAUGGAUGUGGAAAGCAAAUGCGGAUCCUUUUUCAAAAACUGAACCAGCGGAAUGGAAAUCCUACUCUGAUGUAGAAAAUAGAAUUAUUGAAGAGGCAUUUCAAUCUGGGCAAAGUCAUGCUAUUCUGGACUCUUAUAGUAUUAAUUUUAAACACAGAAUUCAAAUUCUCAACGAAGAUGGCAAUAAACAACGUCCUAUCAAACGAGAAAUAGUCAAUACAGCCGAUCAGUACCUACGAGAAGAACGAUUUACAUUUACUCCUAUCAAUCCCGAACAACCAUUUGCUGGUUUAUAUGGUUGGAUUUCACCGUUUAUACGAGCAACCGUGAAAGAGCUGAAUAUCACCGAAGAUCAGUUACCUUCGAAAGAUGACACAGUCGUUCCGAUGAUUGUAGAAAGAGCAGCGAAAGGUAUCAUUCAAGAAGGAAAGAAAAUUGGAAAACAAUGUGAAGCUGAACAUAUGGCGAAAGAACUAUUGAAGAAAAAAGAUGAAGGUAUGAAAGAAGUCUGGAAAUGUUGCGCGCAUCUGUAUUCAAUGGAGAGUUUCUUAUAUAAAAAAUUAAAUGAAACCAUGCGAUUGAUUGGAAGCAAAGAGCAUGAGCAAGAAUGGAGAAAUAAUGUCUGCACAUUGGGACCAUUCUCAUUAUUGUUAUGGGACAAUCCUUUUGACAAUAAAACAACUCAAAGAGGGACAAUUUUUUAUCGAGGAGCAAAUUUAAACGAUAAAUUGAUUUCGAUUUUCAAGGAAGAUAGUUUAAACAAAAAAGAAACAAGUCGUUCUUUUCCAGCGUUCACGUCAUGCAGUCGUAGUCGAGUUGCAGCCGAAAAAUUCGGAAAUGUUUUAUUUAUAAUGACCGUUAAGCAUGCAUUUACUGUAGACCUUAAGCCAUUCUCUGAAUAUCCUGAUGAAGAAGAAGAAUUACUUUCUCCAGGUGUUUGUUUUACUAUUGAACGUGUAGAAUCCAGCAAAACCGAAAACAAGCAUUUAAUUUAUUUAAAUCUUAUGCAACAGUACGAUCAACGCGACAGCGAACAAAUAUCUGAGUCUCCUUCUUGGCUUGCUGCUCGUGGUGGUGAUGCUCGUUAUGAUGAUCUUUAUCUUGCUCUUGGUAAUUAUGAUAAUAAUCCUGCUUUUGAUGAUCCCGCUUAUAAUCCUGAUAAUCUUAGUGUUGAUGAUUGUCUUUCUGCCGAACAUGGUCGUGAAGGUCCUAAUGGCAACUGGGAAUGA